AUGAUGAGCAUGAUGCUAAAAUCUCAAUUGCAAAGCGAGGAGAUGAUCAAACAAGUGUCUGAGAGGUUGGAUCAAUUGAGUGGCCAUAAUAAAAUGCUAGAAAAUCAAAUUGCUAAUCAAGCCUCAACCUCUAGCACUAGAGUCACUGGGAAGUUGCCCGCUCGCCCCAAGAAUCUAAGGGAACAUGUCAAUGAAAUUGUCACUAGGAGUGGUAAGAUACUUGGAGAACCAUCUCUUCCAAUUGACACAUCAAUUGCAAGUAAAAUUGUUGAUGUGGAGAUUGAGGAGAAACUUGAGGAGGGAGAAGUUAGACCAGCUGCUUUGAAGCCAAACCAACAAGUUCCUUCUUAUGGAAAUUUUUUGAGGGAUAUUCUUGCUAAGAAGAGAAAAUUUGGGGAGCAUGAGAUUGUUGCUAUGACUCAAGAGUAUCAGGCAUUGUCUCAUGAUGAAGGAAGGAACCUGCGUAAGCAUAGAGAUCCGGGGAAAUUCACAAUCCCUUGUGUUAUUCGUGGUUGUACAAUCAAGAGAUCCUUUUAUGAUCUAGGAGCCAUUGUUAAUAUCAUGCCACUAUCUCUUUGCCAAAAGUUGAAAUUGCGAGAUUCACAGCCGGUCCAACUUACAUUGCAAUUCGCAGACCAAUUUACUAGGAGCCCUAUAGGAAUUUUUGAGGAUGUCCCAGUUCGUGUGGACAAGUACUUUGUGCCAUGUGAUUUUAUAGUGAUAGAUGUGCAAGAAAAUUCCGAUGUUCCAAUCAUCUUAGGAAGGCCUUUCUUAGCCACAACUGGAACAAUAACUGAUGCAAGGAAGGGAUCCAUGAUUUUUUAUUUUGGGGAAGAGAAAGUUGAAUUUGAUGUUCAUGGUGAGCCAAAGUCUCAUAAUGUUGAGAAUUGUUCUAUGGUAAAUAGCAAGCCCUUUGUGCAUCUAGAUCCCAGUUUUGAGAUAGCACAUAAGAAGCAUGUAAACUGGAACAAUUUCUUCGGUGUAGAGGUGAAUCUUGCGGAUCAACCUGGAUGA